UUCGGUCAACGCUCAAAUAAAGGAACACAUGGUUGACCAUGGCAGAGAUGAGUUGUUGCCGGUCGAUCUCAUCAGGCGCUCGACUGCAUUCGGCAAAUAUAAUGGCCCCAGCCAACUUUUGCAGGGGAAUUCCAGCCUUGCGCCUGACCUAGGAGUCUCACGCUGUACACUCGCGAUCACGAGCUUGACCACACCGACUCGACACCAAAAUGCCUCUCUUAGAUAAUCUAGUCAUUUCUACUCCUAUGCUUAGUACUGCUUCCCCUUACUCUAGGUAGGUAAAUAUGUAAACGAGUACAACUAGUGAGUGGUGGGAAUACUACUGUACCUUUCUCCCCCAUUGCCAAUGUAAACGAAGACAAGACACACAUCAACACAAACACACCCAAGGAGACACCGCCAGAUACCUAGUACUACUAGUGUCUACAUACCUACAUGAUCCAUCAAAUCUCCCUAGCCAACGCGUUCAACGACUACGACCCCUUCGAGCGACCACCUACGCCUCCGGACUCACCGCUCAGAGAGCACUUCUGUCCUAAACAAGUCGCCCACUUGAACCACAUUGUUCCUCCUCCUCCAGGCAUCGAAGCCGCCAAAGACGAUCAUCACACUGCCACCGGCAUUGUUCGAUGUUUUAAACCUGCAGUCCCCCCAAAGCCACGCGAACUCGAGUUUUUUGCGCCCUUGUUGUCUGCACACAACCACCACACUGAUGUCGAUAUUGGCGCAGCUACAGAAGUCAGAGUAUCGACGCCAACUCGGCUCUUAGCUCGCCACGAAGCGUGUCUGCGAGAUCCACAAUUCUGCCUGUGCACAGAACACCCAACAGCAGCAGCAGCAGCAGUCGAACAAGGACAACAAUUUCACGAGAAAUGUGGCCAUCGCCAUGAAACGCUGUAUAAGCGUGAAAUGAGGGAUGGAGUCCCCGUCGAGACGUUGACGCACGUUUGUGAGAUUCGUCAUGUGGGCGAAGCUGAAGCUGAACCUGAACCUGAAGCUGAACGGAUAAGUUUGAGUGAAGAGGAGGAGGAGGAGGAGGAGGAGGGAGAAGAAGAAGAAGAGGGGGGAAUGAUACUGAGAUAGGUACCUAGUCGACCUCCGACGAUGAUCACAUACCUAGGUCGCUAUCUUUCUUCAGCAAGACAUACCGUACGACAUGAGGAACAAGAUUCUCUCGGAAGUCAAGUCAAGCGUCGUCGUUUCAUGAAUGGCACCCCGCUUCCCUUCCCUGCCGCAAACUCUCAGAGUCACACUCGACGCUGCAUGAGGAAAUUUGAGAUAUCCACGCCCGACCGAACUUUUUCUUCACCUGCGGCCUGAGAAGUUCCCUCCACCAAGAGACUCGUGGAAACACAUCUUGAGCCGAGAGGCGGAGGAGCCGGAGAAUGUUACCGUAUUCAAGUUUGUCAUUCCAAUGUUUGUGCGACUCGAGAGAGAAACAAGCGCUCGCUUUCCUCCAGCCGAAGGGUUUCCACGUCAUAAUCUGCACAGCACUGAGCAGCGCAGUCAACAGAGAUAAGCAGGCGAGUCGCAGCAAAAGACUCGAAAACACCUUGAAGCAAAAUCCUCACACACAAUAGAUUAGUGGAAUUUGGGUAUUCGGGAGCUGCCGACAGGUUUCGUCGAUGACUCUUUGGCAAAAGAGUCGGGUCGGGGAGUGAAUUGGGAAGAUUUGUGCAUAUCGCGUGGAUGCGGAGGGCACAAACAAUCUAUAUUGCGCAGCUGAGCUAUAUUUUAUGAUGCCCUGCAAGCCCUUCGGGGCAAUGAUAGUUGCUUGAUGGGGAUUUUCAAAUUAAGGAGGGCAUGGGUGUUUACAAACCAUAGAAUUUCGAAGUCGAAGUACAGUAUGUUCAAGUGGUAUUAUUAUGAGCUUAAUGCUCAGUUCACUAUCACUCAUAGUUCGUGCGCGGCCAUUGCAAUGCCGGCGCUGAAAAAGUCAUCAUAGUCUAGCCAGGUAGCAAGCGGCUGUACCUGUGCUGGGAAGGCAUAUUGCAGCCUUUCAGAUACACAAAAAUUUCCAUAUCCUUUCCGUUCGAACGCCACGCUGAAACGGGAUUCAUGAAUAGACAAGCAAGAAAAGCCAUAAUAGAUGGCCUCUGUCCACGGGUAUAGGAUAAGUAGAGAACAAUCCGACCAUGUCCAAAAUCCA